GUCCUGGGGGCCUUCCCCUCCCCAAGCGGCCCGGCCUCCACCUGCAGCCUGCUAAACGAGGACACUCUGAUCCGCUACGCCCGGCUCAGCGCCACGGGGCCCAGCAACUUCCGCUACUUUGUCCUGGACAACUCAGUCAUCCUGGCCAUGCUGGAGCAGCCAUUGGGCAAUGAACAGAGUUAGUGGGGGGCGUGUAAAACCGUUUUCUAAAGCAAUUAUUCACUUGGGUUAUGAUUUACUGUGGUACUAGCACGGCUGUGGUGGUAGACGGUAUGAGGCGAAGACCGCAGCGUAGCCUUGCUUAUAACCACAAUAAAUCACACCCCCUCAUGUAUUAUUGCUUUAGUAACAUUGUCCUUUAUGUUAUUGAUGUUUCUUGUCGUUCUUGAUAUUUAUUUGUAGUUUGUAAGAUUGUUGUAUUUUUGGGCUGAUGCUUGUGUUGCUCAAUUGGACUCAUCUUGUGAAGUGAACAGUUAAAUACUGAGACUGAUACAUAAAUGCAAAUAGGAUAGUGGCUUAUGACAGUGAGUAGGCGUCUCAAUGGCAGGUGGCUAGUCAGGCGGCCAUUUUGGCUCAAACUAGUAUUUGGUUUCUACUUUCUCUGGGAGCCCUGGUGUAACUGCUUCUCCUGUCUUCUCAGACCCCAGCCCGUCAGUAACAGUCCUGAUCCGGGGCAUGGCCGGCCGACACGCUUGGACUAUGCAACUCUUCCACCAGCCCAGAGGAGCACGGGCCAACCAGAGGGUGAGAGGAGUUGGCCCACUGUACCACCUUGGUCUGCCAGUUAGACACACUCACCCCGUACUGUGCUGGCACUGAUAUUGUUGCAGUACGGCUCAGCUCAGUAACAGUAUUGGAGGAUCUCUUGCACACUAGUAUUAUUAUUUACGGUGGCCGUCUAUUCAAAUAGGGAAAUGUUAGCAAUAAAACUGCUAACAUACUACGCUAAUAGAGCUAACUCCAGCACCACUAAUAGAGCCAACUCCAGCACCACUAAUAGAGCCAACUCCAGCACCACUAAUAGAGCCAACUCCAGCACCACUAAUAGAGCCAACUCCAGCACCACUAAUAGAGCUAACUCCAGCACCACUAAUAGAGCCAACUCCAGCACCACUAAUAGAGCCAACUCCAGCACCACUAAUAGAGCCAACUCCAGCACCACUAAUAGAGCCAACUCCAGCACCACUAAUAGAGCCAACUCCAGCACCACUAAUAGAGCCAACUCCAGCACCACUAAUAGAGCCAACUCCAGCACCACUAAUAGAGCCAACUCCAGCACCACUAAUAGAGCCAACUCCAGCACCACUAAUAGAGCCAACUCCAGCACCACUAAUAGAGCUAACUCCAGCAAAUACUUUUUUCCCUCACUGUAUAUAUAUAUAUAUAUAUAUAUACACUGCUCAAAAAAAUAAAGGGAACACUAAAAUAACACAUCCUAGAUCUGAAUGAAUGAAAUAAUCUUAUUAACUACUUUUUUCUUUACAUAGUUGAAUGUGCUGACAACAAAAUCACACACAAAUUAUCAAUGGAAAUCAAAUUUAUCAACCCAUGGAGGUCUGGAUUUGGAGUCACCCUCAAAAUUAAAGUGGAAAACCACACUACAGGCUGAUCCAACUUUGAUGUAAUGUCCUUAAAACAAGUCAAAAUGAGGCUCAGUAGUGUGUGUGUGGCCUCCACGUGCCUGUAUGACCUCCCUACAACGCCUGGGCAUGCUCCUGAUGAGGUGGCGGAUGGUCUCCUGAGGGAUCUCCUCCCAGACCUGGACUAAAGCAUCCGCCAACUCCUGGACAGUCUGUGGUGCAACGUGGCGUUGGUGGAUGGAGCGAGACAUGAUGUCCCAGAUGUGCUCAAUUGGAUUCAGGUCUGGGGAACGGGCGGGCUAGUCCAUAGCAUCAAUGCCUUCCUCUUGCAGGAACUGCUGACACACUCCAGCCACAUGAGGUCUUGCAUUAGGAGGAACCCAGGGCCAACCCCACCAGCAUAUGGUCUCACAAGGGGUCUGAGGAUCUCAUCUCGGUACCUAAUGGCAGUCAGGCUACCUCUGGCGAGCACAUGGAGGGCUGUGCGGCCCCCCAAAGAAAUGCCACCCAACACCAUGACUGACCCACCGCCAAACAGGUCAUGCUGGAGGAUGUUGCAGGCAGCAGAACAUUCUCCACGGCAUCUCCAGACUCUGUCACGUCUGUCACAUGUGCUCAGUGUGAACCUGCUUUCAUCUGUGAAGAGCACAGGGCGCCAGUGGCGAAUUUACCAAUCUUGGUGUUCUCUGGCAAAUGCCAAACGUCCUGCAUGGUGUUGGGCUGUAAGCACAACCCCCACCUGUGGACGUCGGGCCCUCAUACCACCCUCAUGGAGUCUGUUUCUGACUGUUUGAGCAGACACAUGCACAUUUGUGGCCUGCUGGAGGUCAUUUUGCAGGGCUCUGGCAGUGCUCCUCCUGCUCCUCCUUGCACAAAGGCGGAGGUAGCGGUCCUGCUGCUGGGUUGUUGCCCUCCUACGGCCUCCUCCACGUCUCCUGAUGUACUGGCCUGUCUCCUGGUAGCGCCUCCAUGCUCUGGACACUACGCUGACAGACACAGCAAACCUUCUUGCCACAGCUCGCAUUGAUGUGCCAUCCUGAAUGAGCUGCACUACCUGAGCCACUUGUGUGGGUUGUAGACUCCGUCUCAUGCUACCACUAGAGUGAAAGCACCGCCAGCAUUCAAAAGUGACCAAAACAUCAGCCAGGAAGCAUAGGAACUGAGAAGUGGUCUGUGGUCACCACCUACAAAACCAGUCCUUUAUUGGGGGUGUCUUGCUAAUUGCCUAUAAUUUCCACCUGUUGUCUAUUCCAUUUGUACAACAGCAUGUGCAAUUUAUUGUCAAUCAGUGUUGCUUCUUAAGUGGACAGUUUGAUUUCACAGAAGUGUGAUUGACUUGGAGUUACAUUGUGUUUAAGUGUUCCAUUAAAUUUUUUUGAGCAGUGUAUAUAGAGAGAGGGAUUAUUUAAAUGUUUGUGUUUUGUUGUGGUAGCUGUUUACACCAACAGUUAAUACUAAACAGUAAAGAAUACACCACUGUUAUUAAUACUAAACAGAACUGUAUAUAAUAAUUCCUUCCUCUCUUGCUCUCCUACAGCAGGUGUUUGUCCCUGAGGGCCGCCCGGCCCCCAACAAUGAUGUGGGGAUUCGCUACAACAUCAAGCAGAGGCCCUUCCCUGAGGAGGUGGACAAGAUCCCCCUGGUCAAAGCCGACGUCAGCAUCCCAGACCUGGACGACAUCGUCAACAAGGAGGUGAGAAGGACCGAACCGCACCAUGACCCCAAUAGUUAGGGUGCCAUAGGUCAAGUGCCAAAACUCUUCAUAAUCCUACUUUUCUUAUAUCCUCUCCUUCAUGACUAACAAUUUGAAAGUACCUUGAUAGGUUUUCAUAUUAGUUCUUUCACCUAUCCAGUUCUUUCAACUAUCCAUGGUCAUGAAGGAAAGAAUGCAAGUAGGGGAGGGUAGUUGAGUAUAUUCAAACUCAGCCCUUAUCACUGCUAAAAUGUAAUGCAAUAUAAACUAUUUCUAAAGUGAAUGACUUUUUAAGAGAACCUUUGGCACAGAGCAUAAAGAGAGUAAAACUAUAGUGUUACCCAGGCUUUAUGGAGACUUAACAUUAUUUGGGUAUAUUGUUGUUAAUGUGGAAUCAAGUGUCUUCUAUGAACUGACAGGAUGAAGUGAGUGUGAUAUACACAGUGAAGAAUAAUCACCCACACGUGAGUUGUCCCAUCUUUCAGGAGACUGAGACGGGUCAAAGGUUAACCAGAUCACUGAUGGGAAGAAAGGGUGGAGAAUGGAGAAUACUCACAUUGUUAUGUUACUCCCUAACUAUCUAAUCUGGGUUGGUGAGGGCUUUAUUAUAUCAAAGUCAGAACACUGUGUUGUUUUGCCUUAACCAUGCCACUCAGAUAUUAAUAGAGCCCUUAGACUCACAUUGAUCUGUUCUUGAUUGCAGUGGUAAUUGUUGGUAGAGGUAUAGUUGUGGCAGUGGCAGAACUUGGUUUACUUAAAUUUUUUAAGAUUAUAGGGUGGGUACAGUCUCAGGUACAUACACUAAUUUAUAUUUACAAACAUUAUACAACGUGAGAUAAGUGUGUGUUUGAGUGUGUCAGGAUUGGGGUCAAUUCCAUUUAAAUUCAGUUGAGACAUUUUUUAAAAUAGGAAUAUCAGUUUACUUCCUGAAUUUAAAUCAAAUUUAAUCCAACCCUAGUGAAUGUGCUUUGCAUCCUUAUAGUUGCCUCCAGUCACACAAACUUGACCUUGCCCCCCCCUCCUCUCAGCUGGAGAAGCAGCAUGAUAGGCUGCGCAGCAUGAUGACCAAGCAGAUUGAGUAUGAGUGUUCCCUGGAGCGCCACAGCGAGGAUGUCUGGAGUUCCAAGUCAUUCCCGGACCCCCUGACCGACUGCAAACCCCCUCCGCCCGCCCAGGAGUUCCAGACGGCCCGCCUCUUCCUCUCUCACUUCGGCUUCCUGUCUCUAGAGGCACUGAAGGUUUGGAACUGUAGUUUCAUAGUGUUCAGAACUUAAGUUUAUGUCAGUGGUUGGGAACUGUAGUUUGUCAGUGGUUCGGUACACUAUUUAGUCAGUGGUUGGCCACUGUAGUUUAUGGAAAAUGUUAUAAUUUACCUCAAUACUAUGUUUGGUUUCUGUCAGCUACCGUCUUGCCUUCACCUAUCACAAAAUCCAGUUUCUGGGUAUGUUUGAAAAGGGGCCAUAGCUCUAAAGCAUGGCCUGUUCACGUUGUACUGACGUUGUACUGACUCUCUUACUUCAGGAACCGGGCAACAGCCGUUUACCACCUCAUCUCAUUGGACUGGAGUCCUCAAUGCCAGGGUUCUUCGAUGACAUCGCCUACCUGGACCUGUUGCCAUGCCGACCUUUUGACACAGUCUUUGUGUUCUACAUGAGGGCAGGACAGAAAACCAGCCACGAGGUGAGAACUUGUUAAGUUUAUUACUUUGAUGAAUUUUCACAUGCCAGUUUACGCUGUAUGUUUAUUUUUCAAUCUCACUGAUUGAUCCACUGUGUUAUGCAUUGUGAUUGGUCGAUCGUGGAUCCACUGUGUGAUAUGAUGCUUUGUGUUUGGCUGAUCUUGAUCCAUUGUGUGAAUGAUGCAUUAUAAUUGGUAGAUCCUGAGGAACGUGGAGACAUCGUCCAGCGUCCAGCCCCACUUCCUGGAGUUCCUGCUGUCUCUGGGCUGGCCCGUGGAUGUGGGCCGGCACCCUGGCUGGACUGGACACAUGGACACCAGCUGGUCCCUUAACUCCUGCGACAACGACUCACAACAGACAGGUGAGCCACCCGCCCCAGGGGUCAUAUUCAUAACCGACAUGGAACCCAGGCUGUUGGUGCUAAAACAUGUCCAUGGGUCUCAGGAAAAGGUUCAAAGGUGAAGAUCCUGGUCCAUAUUGUCAGUGUGACACAUUCACCACUGAAGAAGGUGUUAGCUCGCUGAGCUAAAGCCAGGGCGAUGUCUUGGUUGGCUCAGGCUAUAGAUACAGCAUAAUAAAGAGUAUUUUUGUAAUUCUGUCUCAGUCAGGGUGAAUAGGUAAUGUUUCAUAAAGCCAUGGUGAUAGACAAAAUACUUCUUGGUUAGCCCGGGCCAUAGUACACAUUUUCUUAUUCUAAUUCUACAUCUUAGACAAGGUAAAUGUGUAAUGUUUCAUAUUUUGCUCUGUCCCCAUAGAGGAGGCAGCUACACCGGAGGACACAGGUGGUUCUGUAUUCAACGGGGAGAAAAAGGUGCUGUACUAUGCCGAUGCUCUGACUGAGAUCGCCUUUGUCGUUCCAUCGCUGACAGACUCCUCAGGUUAGCAUUUACAAAUACUUGUAUUUUGUAUUUAAAUUCUUAUUUUAUUUUGUCUUAAAGGGACAUUACUCUCCAAAAAUCUACGUUUUUCAGAUGUUUUCAGACCACGAAAGUACUCAGUCAAGAUGAAUCCACUUAUCUAUUCCAUUCAUUUUGGAUUGUGGCAUAUAGAUGAAGCUACAGAACAGAUGGCCAGUGACGUGGCCUUAUGUUAAUGAUAGAUCACUUUUGAAGUGUAAAACAUCUGACAAACAUUGAUGUUUCUUUUUGUGUAAUGUCUUUUUAAUGCAGCCUAUGUGAAGAUACAGUUUUGCCUCUCCCUGGGUGGCUGAUAGGUGUUUUUGUGUUUACAGAGGAUUCCUCGGUGCACAGUGACUCUACAGUGGAGGCGGACACACACACAGACCUCCCGCCUAGUUUACUGAAACAACCCAAUCUAACACUGGAGCUCUUCCCCAACCACUCAGACAACCUAACAGCUUCCCAAAGGGUAACUAAUCCACAAUCCUACAUUAAUAAUAAUAUACAGUGCCUUCGGAAAGUAUUCAGACCCCUUGACUUUUUCCACAUUUUGUUACGUUACAGACGUAUUCUAACAUUGAUUAAAUUGUUUUUUUCCCCUCAUCAAUCUACACACAAAUACCCCAUAAUGAUGAAGCAAAAAAUAAAAUAUCACAUUUACAUAAGUAUUCAGACCAUUUACUCCAGGGGUGUCAAACUCAUUUUAGCUCAGGGGCCACAUGGAGGAAAAUCUAUUCCCAAGUGGGCCGGACCGGAAAAAUCAUGGUAUAUAUAACUUAAAAACAACAACUUCAGAUUGUUUUCUUUGUUUUAAUACGAUCAACAUACAACAUAAAGCUGGAGCCUGAGGACAGUGUGUCCAAAAUAGUACAAGCACAACAUCACUAUUAAUCAUAAAACACGUCAAGUUUAUUUGAAAAUUCUAAAGAAAAAGAACACACAAACACACAAUGCCUCAGUGAUUAACAGAACUGUUUCACAGAUCACAGAACUAUAUCAGGGUGUCAUUUCUCAGGCAGAAAUGUAGAUAAAAAUAAUGAAAUCCUGUUCCCCAAACAAGUGCAAGAACCACAGAGUCAAGAAUAGGUUAAAUAUACAUAUACAAAUAAAAUCAAUUAAAAACAAUAGCACAUCAACAUAAACAUAUAAACAUAAAUCUGAAAGCGUUGCUCAAACUCCCGUAACAGUCCCGUUAUUGUAUCUUUGAACCGCUUCAUGUCUGCCACAUGUUGGGUCGCGCACACAUUUUUCAGACAGGGGAAGUGAGCUGCAUCACCACCGGCAAGUUGCGUCUCCCACAAUGACAGCUUCAACUUGAAAGAACGUAUGCUGUCAUAAUACUGCGUGACAACUUUGUUGCGCCCUUGCAGCUGUUUGUUCAAGUUAUUCAGGUGCUCUGUAACAUCCACCAUAAAUGCAAGGUCCUGCAUCCAUUCUGCGGAAUGAAAUUCUAACACUGGUUUGCCCUUUUCUUCCAUGAACUGUUCAAUUUCUUCUCGUAAAUCAAAGAAACGCCUCAGCACAGCACCUCGGCUUAACCAUCUUACCUCAGUGUGGUAUGGCAGGCCAUAGAUGUGGUCUUUCUCUCUGAGAAGGCUGUCAAACUGACGGUGAUUCAGGCUUCUGGAUCGGAUGAAAUUAACAGUUUGGAUGACCACCUUCAUGACGUUAUCCAUCUUUAAUGACUUGCAACACAAAGCCUCCUGGUGCAAAAUACAGUGAAAAGUCAAAAAAUCACGUCCUCCAUUUGCAGAUUGCACUUUCUCUCUGAACUUUGUCACAACGCCUGCUUUUUUCCCGAUCAUUGAGGGCGCACCAUCUGUAGCCAGGCUGACAGCGCGGGACCAGUCCACUCCGACCCUGUCCAGCGCACCGACGAGUGCGGUAAAAAUAUCAGCUGCUGUCGUUGUAUCUGUCAUCGGCACCAACUCCACGAACUCCUCGGUGACGGUCAAUGUGUCAUCAACUCCGCGGAUGAAAAUGGCCAGUUGUGCAACAUCUGUAAUGUCCGUGCUUUCAUCAAUUGCAACCGAAAACGCAAUAAAUGACUUUACUUUUUGCUUCAACUGGCUGUCCAAAUCAACUGAAAGAUCGGAAAUCCUGUCUGCAACUGUGUUUCUUGUCAGGCUGAUAUUUGCAAAAGCCUGCCGCUUUUCAGGGCACACAAUCUCCGCUGCCUUCAUCAUGCAUGUUUUUACAAAUUCACCCUCACUAAAUGGUUUUGAAGCCACUGCGAUUUCAUUAGCAAUGAGGUAGCUAGCUUUCACUGCAGCGUCACUGAUGUCUCGGCUGUGAGUAAACACAGACUGCUGUUUCUUCAGACCCGCCAACAGUUCAUUCACCUUCUCUCAUCUCCGCUGUCCUUGAAAGUUGUCAUAUUUGUCGGCAUGAAGACUCACAUAGUGGCGACGAAGGUUAUAUUCUUUCAGCACUGCAACAUGCUCUGAACACACCAAACAUACAGCUUUCCCAUUCAAUUCCGUGAAUAAAUAGGAUGACCAUUUUUCUUGGAACACUCUGCACUCUGCGUCCACUUUUCUCUUUUUUGACAGAGACAUAUUGGGGCAAUGAGGGUGCCAAAGCACAUAAUGUUAAAAGUAGAAGCCGUAAUAAAUAUCGCGGGCAAAACAAAGUAGCUCAUUGGCUGCACGUGCUUGACCUACUUGCUCUGCCCCGGUAUAAACAGUUUGCUUGCUUAACACAAUUGCUAUUGCGCCAUCCAGUGGACGCAAUUGGAACAGCAGUUUAUUUUAUAGAAAAAUUGCAGCGCAUUUUUAUACUUUACAAAAUGAUUAUUAAUUAUUAUUAUUUUUUUUUCAAAAUCAUCUCGCGGGCCGGAUUAAACCCGUUUGCGGGCCUGAUCCGGCCCGCGGGCCGGACGUUUGACACCCCUGAUUUACUCAGUACUUUGUUGAAGCACCUUUGGCAGCGAUUACAGCAUUGAGUCUUAGUGGGUAUGAUGCUACAAGCUUGGCACAGCUGUAUUUGGGGAGUUUCUCCCAUUCUUUUCUGCAGAUCCUCUCAAGCUCUGUCAGGUUGGAUGCGGAGUGUCGCUGCACAGCUAUUUUCAGGUCUCUCCAGAGAUGUUCGAUCGGGUUUAAGUCCGGGCUCUGGCUGGGCUAGUCAAGGACAUUCAGAGACUUGUCCCGAAGCCACUCCUGCGUUGUCUUGGCUGUGUGCUUAGGUGGUUGUCCUGUUGGAAAGUGCACCUUCACCCCAGUCUGAGGUCCUGAGUGCUCUGGAGCUGGUUUUCAUCAAGGAUUACUUUGCUCCGUUCAUCUUUGCCUCGAUCCUGACUAGUCUCCCAGUCCCUGUCGCUGAAAAACAUCCCCCCAGCAUGAUGCUGCCACCACCAUGCUUCACCGUAGGGAUGGUGCCAGGUUUCCUCCAGAAGUGACGCUUGGCAUUCAGGUAAAAUAGUUCAAUCUUGGUUUCAUCAGACCAGAGAAUCUUGUUUCUCAUGGUCUGAGAGUCCUUUAGUUGCCUUUUGGCAAACUCCAAGCGAGCUAUCAUGUGCCUUUUACUGAGGAGUGGCUUCCGUCUGGCCACUCCACCAUAACGGCCUGAUUGGUGGAGUGCUGCAGAGAUGGUUGUCCUUCUGGAAGGUUCUCCCAUCUCCACAGAGGAACUCUAGAGCUCUGUCAGAGUAACCAUUGGGUUCUUGGUCACCUCCCUGACCAAGACCCUUCUCCCCUGAUUGCUCAGUUGGCCGGGCGCCCAGCUCUAGGAAGAGUCUUGGUGGUUCCAAACUUCUUCCAUUUAAGAAUGAUGGAGGCCACUGUGUUCUUGGGGACCUUCAAUGCUGCAGACAUUUUUUGGUACUCUUCCCCAUAUCUGUGCCUCGACACAAUCCUGUCUCUGAGCUCUACGGACAAUUCCUUCGACCUCAUGGCUUGGUUUUUGCUCUGACAUGCACUGUCAACUGUGGGACCUUACAUAGACAGUUGUGUGCCUUUCCAAAUCAUGUCCAAUCAAUUGAAUUUACCACAGGUGGACUCCAAUCAAGUUGUAGAAACAUCUCAAGGAUGAAAACAGGAUGCAUCUGAGCUCAAUUUCGAGUCUCAUAGCAAAGGGUCUGAAUAGUUAUGUAAGUAAGGUAUUGCUGUUUUGUUAUUUUUAAUACAUUUGCAAAAAAAUCUAAAAACCCUUUUUCACUUUAUCAUUAUGGGGUAUUGUGUGUAGAUUGCUGAGGAUUUGUAUUUAUUUAAUCCAUUUUAGAAGAAGGCUGUAACAUAACAAAAUGUGGAAAAAGUCAAGGGGUCUGAAUACUUACCGAAGGCACUGUAUACCAUUUAGCAGACACAAAGCAAUUUAGUCAUGUGUGCAUACAUUUUACGCAUGGGUGGUCCCUUCAAUUGAACCCACCAUCCUGGCGUUUCAAUUAAGGUACAUAAUUGUUACCCCAGAAAUGAUUUGAAAGAGAUAAAAACGGCUGCAUUGGACUUUUAAACUUAUGCAUUGGAGACAGUUCACACAUUUGAAUGUUAGUUUCUUGCAUUGUUUUGAGGAAUAGAUUACAUCUCAGGGUAUAUCUCUACCCCUAUGCCUGUGUAUUGACCUCUCUCUCUCUCUCUCUCUCUCUCUCUCUCUCUCUCUCUCUCUCUCUCUCUGGUCUCUUCUCUCCUCUAGCAGAGUUCUAUGGUGAAGACCAAGAGGUCCUCCACAGGAAAGACUGCCCCUCCCCUAGGGCCUGAGACCAAGGUGCUGGUGGUCUGGGUGGAGCGCUACGAUGACAUCGGUAAACAACCUCAGAUAACUUCCCCUAAAAAUCACUGUGCGUCCCCUAGUACAGUUUCACAUUACGUCAUCAUGGCUCUGUGUCAUUUCUGAUGUCUGUCCUUGUACAAUUUUAUGAGACCACUCAUUUUUUACUGUUCCGUUUGGAGGACCCGCCUAACAAAGUGAGAAACCAAAGUGAGAAACUGUUGAAGGUGUUUCCCCUCAAAUGGCCCCGUUGUUGUUUUUCUCUAGAGAACUUCCCUUUGUCUGAUCUCUUGGCGGAAACUGCCACGGGUUUGGAGGCGAACAACAGCACUUCCUGCAGGUAGGCUACUAAGGCCCACGCCCAACCAAACACUAACCCUAAACACUUACCAAAAACUAUUUGUAAAUUAAGCUUGAUCAACUAUUUCAAUAAUGUGUCAAAUUAAAGUUAGGCCACUAUAAAAUCCACUGUAACACAUUUUCAGUAGGUUAGUUAACAAUCACUCUAGUAGUGAAGACCAAGUCUCAUAUUCCCUGUUGAAUGGAAUGGAAAUGUCAUGUCCUUCUUCAAACCCCACCCCUUUCUCUUCACCUCUUUCCCUCCUCCACUUAAUCUCUCCCCCUCCUCUCUCCCUCUUCAGGUCUGGGCUCCUGGAGAAGGACAUGCCCCUGAUCUUCAUCCACCCCCUGAGGACUGGUCUGUUCCGGGUCAGGCUCCACGGGGCCAUGGGCAAGUUCAACAUGGUCAUCCCCCUGGUGGACGGCAUGGUGGUCAGCCGCAGAGCACUAGGUGACCAAACUAUCAAUUUUUCUCUAAUCUCUCAUUUCUCUCUCUCUCUCUCUAUCUCUCUCUACCUCUAGAUUAAUUUCCACUGUGUCUCUCUGGCUUAUAGUCAUUUAUGUAAUGCUGCCUUCCCCAUUGCCCUCAGACUCUCCUUAGUUGAUGUUAUCAGAUGUUUUUAUUUUAUCAAAAUGUUUAUUUACUGAAUAAAUUGAGGUCAACCAAACACUGACGUGUUUUGGUGGUUUGUCAUCCUGCCCCUGGGAUAUUACAAACCACAAAUUUGAUUUCCACUCCCAUUUUGUUUGGCUCAUUGUCAAAUUCUGCUUGCUGUUUUCUCCCAGGGUUCCUGGUGCGCCAGACGGUCAUCAACGUGUGCCGGCGGAAGCGACUGGAGAGCGAGACGUACAGCCCGCCGCACGUGCGGCGCAAGCAGAAGAUUGCAGACGUCGUGCACCGCUACCGCAACAAGCAGCUGGAGCCCGAGUUCUACACCUCUCUCUUCCAAGACGUGGGGGAGGGGAGGCCUAUUCACCUUUGACCCCCCCUCCCCCCUCCCACCCUUUGAAAAACACUGACACACACACAUAGACACACACACACACACAUCCCAGAUUCUCUAUAUUUAUACAGUUCUAUUUUGUUAUUUAUAUCAAACACUUUGCUGCCGUUGACGUCGA